UGAAAAGACCCGCCCUUUUCAAUUUCAGGCAGUUGAUCAACCCACCUGUAAACGUUAAUGGCUUUCACCUACAUUCCAACUUCUCAAAACCCUAGGUCCAUUUAGGCUUUCAGAAACCCUAGAUCCAAUUUCAGAUCUAGAAACUCUGAUUCCUCUUCACAUUGUGGAGAUGCUCUGCGUUGUCCCUGUAAACUCCCUGUGAAUUGCUCGGAAUCAGCUGCCAUGGCGUCUUCUUUUGCCACCACUAGAGCUUAAGAAGACUGACAAACCCUUAGAUCCGUUUCUCAGGAAAGGUAAUCUAAUUUUCGUUGACUAUUGAAUAAUUUGCAGAGUCUCUGGGGAAACAGUUGAUUUAGCUACAAUGGCGUCGUUUUUAUCGACUGUGCGACGUGUCUACCUUACAAUUUACAAUUGGAUGGUUUUUGUGGGCUGGUUUCAGGUUUUGUAUCUAGCUUUGAGGACAUUGUAUGAAACAGAUUAUACCCAUGUGUACCAUGCAGUUGAAAAGCCUUUGCAACUAGCUCAGACUGCAGCUGUCUUGGAGAUUCUGCAUGGGCUUGUAGGUUUGGUGAGAUCUCCUGUCACAGCAACAUUGCCUCAGAUAGGCUCCAGGUUAUAUGUAACAUGGGGCAUCCUAUGGAGUUUUCCUGAGACUAGGACGCAUGUGCUUGUCAGUUCUCUAGUCAUAAGUUGGUCAAUUACUGAGAUUAUUCGCUAUUCCUUCUUUGGCUUAAAGGAGGCACUGGGGUUUGCGCCUUCCUGGCUUUUAUGGCUUCGGUACAGUACAUUUUUCAUCUUCUAUCCAACUGGUAUCACCAGCGAGGUUGGCCUUAUAUAUAUAGCUCUGCCCUAUAUCAAGGCAUCUGACAAGUACUGUAUCAGGAUGCCCAACAAAUGGAACUAUGCUUUUGACUAUUUCUAUGCUGCUAUUGUGGCAUUGGGAAUCUAUUUUCCAGGAGGCCUGCACAUGUAUCUGUACAUGAUUGGGCAGAGGAAAAAGGCUCUAUCGAAGUCUGGUAAGAAGGAUUGAAAAGAAUUUAAGCUCUUGGAAUGCCCAGGGUGUUACCUUAUCACUAUCCAAUUGCAAUAUUCUUGUAUCUGAAACUUCUUUGUUUAGUUCACAUUGGUGUUAGUAACGAUCCGGAUGUAAUUUAUAUAAUUUAUAUAGGUAGAAAGUUUGCUCUGAUCAUGCUGUCUGUAGUUUCUUUUCUGAAAGUUUGAAAAUCGAAAUGGUUGUAGGAUAUUUAAUUGUAUGAUUCAUGGGUGCAUUAUUUCUUGUA